AUGGCGCUACCUUAUCCUCGAACCUCACUCCUGGGUCUCCCGGCCGAGAUCCGCCUCGCCAUCUACAAGUACGUCCUGGCACCGUGCUCCUUCAAGGACGGGUAUUGGCAGUACCUCCGUCGCCGCAACUGCGAGCAGCCGUCUGACAGCCCCGCGGUCAUCGAAGUCUUGCUGGUUGGUAGCUUCUCGAACGAAGGCUACGAGGGCCACUACAGAUGGAAAGGCGGAGGGGUAGGGGAGCAGUCGAAUGCUGGACCUGGUCCUCGAGCUGCUGCUGAGCAAGGAGACCACCGCUACCGGUCGUCGUCGCGUCCGCGCCAUCGGAGACCAUGGGCUCUCGCGCGUGUCUACCGCACGAUGCACACAGAGACGGCGCCGCUACUAGCAUCUAUCGAUCUGCGCGAGGUGCACUUCUCGUUCCACGCCUUCACGGCGGACGACCUGCGUACGUGGACGCGGCGCAUGGGCCCGGAGCGGACGGCGCUGCUGUGCAGGUUCAGCUUCGAGGGUUAUGGGUGGGACUGUAACGAGGCCGUGCGACGGUAUCGGGAGGAUGUGUAUGUGUACAGCGCAGGUGGGCAUUUGAUACUGAAGAACCCCUUUGCCUUGACGGAUGUCGGAUGGGGUGUAGACGACUUCUACGCAGACCUACACACCACGGCUGAGUUCCUGCUGGAGAUUUUGCAGCUGGUCAUUGGAGGUCACAAUGGGGCGCUGGGGAUUACCUAG